AGCUUUGAUACUGUAAUGUUUUUGCUGUAAACACAUGAUGCAAACACAGUUCUCUUUCAAAGGGAAGACCUCAGUGUCUGGGUUUGUAACCUGGUGUCAUGAUUGUAAGCUUCUCUAAUCACAGGGGAUGAUUCAGUCAGACAGUAACACAAUUAGCUAUAAUCUGUUUUCUUGAAGGUCUGACUGAACUCACCACACUCGCACCUUUAGCACACAGAGUCUAGUUUUAGAAGAAGACUGAACGUUCAGCUUCACAAACAGCUUGAAAUGGAGGCAAAGUGGAUGAUUAUGUUGUUCUCAACAUGCUGGAGUUUCUGUGCUGCUGUAAAUGAGUUCUACUCUUCAACAGGUUAGUGUGUGUUGUAUUGCAAUAAGAUGAUAAAACAAGAACACAUCCCUCUUUAACCAUAUUUGUUUUUGUAGAAGUGCUAAAAUACCUGUUUUGAAAUUAAAUGCUGUCUUCAGAUCAUAUGACGCAGCUUAUUGACAUCAAAACACAGUUUGCCAAGAGUCUUCAUGAAUAUAUAGAAGCUCUGGAGAGCCGAGCAGAUCUUCUGAGAGGGACUCUGAAUGCACUUGAGGAUGACUUUGAUGGCACUCCCAGAGAUCCAGAGAAAUACAUCAGCAACCCUCUCGCAGCGUUUCAGCUCGUGAGGAAGCUAAGUCAAGCCUGGGCCGCUACACAGGAGCUUAUCGAAGGAAGACGUGCAAAAGACACUUUGGAAAGCCUGAAAGCUGCAGCUCAGACUCUCCCCAGUGCAGAAGAUGUAGAAGGAGUGGUGACGGCUUUGGUUAGACUCCAAGAAAUGUACAGAUUAGAUCCGAGGAACAUCUCUUUAUUUUCUGGUGGGUUUCAUGGUGGCUUUAUUUGUUCUUUAUCACCAGUAUAACUCAUGUUUGUGCCAGAUUGAUAAAAAUCCAGGAGACUUACACAGGACUGAGUCAUAUCUACAGGCCAGAAUGUUGAUGUAGGCACUUGUAUCUUGGUGAAAAAUCUGGUUCAGUUUAUUUCAGUGAUAUCAACUUGAUGUGUGGCUUUCAGAAAUGAACCACAACAUAACGCUGGAUCCAGAUGAAACUUUCCAUAUCGCCACGAUCUCCUCUCUCAAUCAUCACUUUCAGUAUGCCGUCCUCUGGAUGAAGGAAACCCUCAGGAAACUCAACGAGGGGGAAGAAGCUGUCGUUACUAAAGAACAGGUUAUUUAUCAGCUUGCAUCAUUGUCUCAUCAGCUGGCAGUGAU